AUUUCCCUGUAUUUGCAGGAAAAUUAUGGUGUAUCUACACUGAGGAAUUAAUGCAGUUUGACACCACUUUAACUGUCAUGACCAAUUAAAGACCUUAUAAAAUUACUGCUCCCAUGAUUCCAUAGCAUUGAGCUCUGACAGUUAAAGUGGUGUCAAACAGCAUUAACUCUACAAUGUAGAUACACCCUAAUACAGCAUUACUCACAUAUAGGAUUCAAGGUGUAUCCUGUGUCCAUUGCAUUAGGUUUCUCUGAAGUGAGGGCCUGAGUGCCACUUUAAUCUGGCCUAAUGGCUUUUCAUCAAAAGACAUUGGGGACUGGCUGUGCCAUGAAACCUCACUUAGCAAAAAAGAUCUUCAAAGGAGUUUUGUUUCUGGAAUGUCUUGGCGUGGCUGGAGCUUACGCGCUGUAUUUCAAAAUGGACACAAGUCAAGAAUUCAGGCAAAAAAUGAACAGGAGAUACCCUUCUAUCCUGGAAGUUUAUUACAAAAGUAAUGAGUGGUCUGGUAUAUAUGGCAAAAGGGAGAAAGAUCAAGAGACAUGGUUAAGCAGCAGAAACUAGAUCGGUUUGUGCCUGAACUUCUUUUUCUGCUUGAUGAUACUUUUCAUAUCCUUAUUGUGAAUCCACUUGUCACGUUCUGCCUCCCACUUGAGCUGUUUGAAAUCUAAUGGAGGAAGAAAAGAAACAAGUUACAUACAUUAAUGGACUAACUAGAUCCCUUGAAUGUUUGACACUGAGGUUUUCUAUGCAUUUGAAGAAGACUGAAUAGAUUAUUAGACCAAAAAACAUGAAUGGGGCACAACGACUACAAGCUGAUUGGCACAAAAAAACCCCAAGUAUUCUGUUUAUAAUAGUCUCUUACUAUUCAGAAUUAAGUAUUUUACAUUGUAGUAGUAUUCUACUGAUGUAGGUGCAUUUGAUGAAAUGGUCUGGAAUUCAUGAAUGCUAGAAUAAACAAAUCAACCACAAAA